GUGUGUGCGUGCGUGGUGCGUGUGUGCGUGUGUACGCAUGUAUGUGCGCGCGAAGCGGUGUAGUGAGAUGACUUUCCCCUGUCUGCGGUUAGGUUAUGGCCGGUGUGUUGUUGCUUCAUCUGUAGCAUAUCAGACAGAGACAGAGCUCUAACGCCGUUUGUGUCGACUGCUCCUCCCUUUUUCCUGUUAGGAUAUAGCUUACGGUUCAAUUUUAGAAACAACUUGUGCACCUGUCUGUCAGGAUCCUUCGAUAUGUCACUUUAGCCCCUCGAGGAUGCCUGACCAUGCUUCAUCCCUAAGCAGACAGACAAAGCGGCGCCGGGUGGACAUCGGGGUGAAGAGGACUCUGGGAAGUGUAGUGUUUUCCAGAGCAAGAGAGAACCUCCUACUCAACGCCAUGAACCAAUCCCACGGCCCCAAGCAAGACGGAGACUGCUCAUUGGUUCCUCACAGCUAUGGUGGGUCCAAUGGGGACGGAGCGAAGUCGAAUGUUCUCCGGAAGCUUCUGAAGCGAGCGAACUCGUACGAAGACGCCAUGAUGCCUUUCCCUGGCACCACCAUCAUCUCUCAACUGCUGAAGAGUAACAUGGGGAAGAAUGGAGACAGAGAGGGAGGCUUCCAGGGUAGUGGAGGUCUCUCCAGCGCGGGGUCAGAUCUCCAAGCUGAGGACGUCUGCAGUAACUCCUCCAGAGACAGAGAGAGCCCCCUCUCUCCCUCCCCCUCCUCCCCCUGCCUCCCCCCAUUUGUCUGUCCCCCCCUUCCUCCUCAUCCCCCGCUCACCCCUCUGGACCUGGAGCGCCUCACGGACGAGCACCUGCGUGCCAAACGGGCCAGGGUGGAGAACAUCAUCCGGGGGAUGAGCCAUUCCCCCUGCGUUGCUCCGCCUGCCCUCCGGCAUGGAGACAGGGACAGGAACAGAGAAGGAGACAGAGAGACAGGGAACGAGAGGGUGAGAAGAGAGAACAGGGAACGGGACUGUCCCCCACUGCAGUCUCCCAGCCCUGGGUCUUUAUCUAGAAGGGAGGAGUACAAGGAGAGCCUGGGGGAGGCUAGAGGAGAGGUGUACAGGGAGAGUCAGGGGGGGACUAGAGGAGAGGUGUACAGAGAGAACAAGAGAAAGCAGCGUCUCCCCCAGCAGCAACAGUCCUUUACUCAGCUGGUGUGUGUCAGACAGGAGAAGAGGCAAGAGGAGAGACGACAACUCAAACUACAGCUAGAGGAUAUGCAGAAACAACUUCGUCAGCUGCAGGAGAAGUUCUAUCAGAUCUAUGACAUUGAGACUGAGGAGGAGGAGGAAAGAGGAGGAGGAGGGGGGAGGAGGAGGAGGACAGAGAGAACGAGAGAGAGGGAGGAAGACGGGAACCAGUCGGAGGACAGUGUCCGCUCCGAUGGUUUGGAGGACAGACACAGGGACCACCACGGCAACCAUAACCGUGCCAAUCGUAUCCACGGCGACUUGUCAGAGUUGCUUGACGACCCAGGUCUGUUUCUGGAGCGAGCCAGAGCCCUGCUCCGAGAACAGGCCCUUUUGGAUGGGGAGAGGGAGGAGGACGAGAGAGAGGAGGGAGAGAGGGAGGGGAGGGAGGAGAGUGAUUGGGGCCGAGGGGAGAGAGGGGUUGGAGGGGGGACGAUGCGAGCAGAGGGGAGGCAGCUAGCCGAGACUCUGAAACAGGAGCUGAACUCUGCCAUGUCGCAGGUGGUGGACACCGUGGUUAACGGGUUCAACCACAAACCCCCCAACCAUCAUCACCUUCAACAUCAUCCUCAUCACCGUGGCUCCCAAAACACCCCCUCUGCCACCAACACUGCCUCACAGGCCUCCUUCCCUCCCUUCCCCCCCUCCCUCACCACGGACUCUCAAAGCCCCAUCUUCCACUCAGCCAACCAGAGGCUGCCAUGCUUUGGUGAUGUCAUCAUCCCUAGCCCGCUGGACUCGUUCGUGGGUCUCAGCGUCCCUACAGCCAGCGACCAGACAGAAGCACUACCUCUAGUGGUCAGGAAGACCAAUGCCAACCCACAACACCGGAACCCCUCUCUCCCUCCUCCUUACCCCCACCACCCCUCCCUCCAUCCCUCCCCCCUCUCUGCCUCUCUGGGUUUCUCCCCUCCCUCCUUCCGGCACCCCUUCUCCCUCCCUCUCAUGGGAUACCCCUUCCAGAGUUUCCCCAAAGACCAGCGCUCCCCCCCUGAGUCCAUGGACCUCUCCAGGGAAACUGUGGGGCUGCGAACCAAGAUGGGGUCGGGCGGGGGCAUCCAUUUUGUCUCCCACCACCACCACCACAGGCAGAGCACUCCACCCCAACAUGGAGGAGGGAGCGAGGGGCUGUCGCUCAUCAAGUCAGAGUGUGGAGAGCUCCAGGACAUGGCUGACAUAUCGCCUUAUUCAGGAAGUACCAUCCAGGAGGGCUUGUCUCCCAACCAUCUGAAGAAAGCCAAGCUCAUGUUUUUCUACAGCAGAUACCCUUCAUCCAACAUGCUCAAGACGUUCUUCUCAGACGUCAAGUUUAACCGAUGCAUCACAUCUCAGCUCAUCAAGUGGUUCAGUAACUUCAGAGAGUUCUAUUACAUCCAGAUGGAGAAGUUUGCCCGGCAGGCCAUUAACGAGGGAGUGACCACUAAUGAGGACCUCUCUGUGGGCAGGGAGUCUGAGCUCUUCCGAGCCCUCAACAUGCACUACAACAAGGCCAACGACUUUGAGGUUCCAGAGCGUUUCCUAGAAGUGGCCCAAAUCACAUUGAGGGAGUUUUUCAACGCCAUUGUAGCAGGAAAAGACGUGGACCCUUCCUGGAAGAAGGCCAUCUAUAAAGUGAUCUGUAAACUGGACAGUGAGAUGCCAGAGGUCUUCAAAUCACCCAACUGUUUGCAGGACCUGCUACACGAAUAACUAAAAUAAAAAUCUAAGCUGGGAGAACGACGGAAACAUACAGACAACUUCACCUCGGGGGACGAGUAUGAAGAGAGACUAUUAUGUCAUUUCUACUGUGGACAUUUCAGACGCUCAGACAUAUUUUUAUUUAUUCAACAAAAGUGUCCAAUUAAUUCAACUGUCCAACUCCCUCCUUCAGCACCGUGACGGUAUGAAGACUGCAUGUUCCUUCUAUUCAUAAAACAGAAAGACGUGUUGAGACGUUGUAGAAUGAAGCAUUUCUACCGGUUACGUUUGGGAUGAGUUCCUUUUUUCCCCCUCCACUACACAGAAACAAACAAUAGCCUUUCAUAUCCAACACAUUCCCAUACCUUGGACUCUAGAGGAGAUCAGACAAACACACACUCUGCCGAGUGUUUGGAUCAUGAAGUACAGUAGCGUUCCCGGAUCGCCAACCCCCCCCCUCACCAAAACAACACUUCCAACCCAGCUGUCUGUUGUUGUUGAUGUUGUUGUUGUUUAUUUUUUUAUUUUUUUAAUUCUUCUUCUGAGACUCAUUGGAUGUUUUGACUGUGCCCCCCCCAACUCUCGAUGUGGGUGUUAGCCUCCCGGUUGUUAGCUGAAGCUAAAGUUAGCUAAACUCUGACUAGUAUUUUGACGGAUGUAAACUGACCUGUGAAGUUGUAUAAUUCUUGAGGAUUCUCUCCUCUCUUCACUUCACUGUUCUAUCAAUACCAGGGCUAGCUGGAGUUCAUUUGGUCAAACUAGCUCCGACUUCUAGCUGAGGCUUAACAUAACUAGCUAAACUGAAGUGACGUGAGCAGCUAGCUAAACUCAGACUAGCUGAAUUGAACUGUAUUGUAAAACUAUAAUAUUUUAUAAGAUUCUAUAUGCUCUUCUCUGGGUUACAGUGAGACUAUGUCAGCUUAACAUGCUAGUUCAGCUAAACUAACUAGGACUGCUAACUGGGGAUAAAUAGACGUACUAAACUAACCAGAAAUGCUAACUGGGGAUGAAUAGACGUACUAAACUAACCAGAAAUGCUAACUGGGGAUAAAUAGACGUACUAAACUAACCAGGACUGCUAACUGGGGAUAAAUAGACAUACUAAACUAGCUAGGACUGCUAACUGGGGAUAAAUAGACGUACUAAACUAGCUAGGACUGCUAACUGGGGAUAAAUAGAUGUACUAAACUAGCUAGGACUGCUAACUGGGGAUAAAUAGACGUACUAAACUAGCUAGGACUGCUAACUGGGGAUAAAUAGACAUACUAAACUAGCUAGGACUGCUAACUGGGGAUAAAUAGACGUACUAAACUAGCUAGGACUGCUAACUGGGGAUAAAUAGACGUACUAAACUAGCUAGGACUGCUAACUGGGGAUAAAUAGACGUACUAAACUAGCUAGGACUGCUAACUGGGGAUAAAUAGACGUACUAAACUAGCUAGGACUGCUAACUGGGGAUAAAUAGACAUACUAAACUAGCUAGGACUGCUAACUGGGGAUAAAUAGACAUACUAAACUAGCUAGGACUGCUAACUGGGGAUAAAUAGACAUACUAAACUAGCUAGGACUGCUAACUGCGG